AUGGCUCGCGCCUACCGAUCUGCUUCUGCUAAGAACCACCAAGGCUGCUGUUCAGCAUCGCUGGCACGCGCAGAGCGGCCUCAAGGGAUCAGGAAAUCAACGCCAAUACGUAGGAGCGCACGUCUCCAGCAGCGCCUCCCGCCCGAACAAGUCCACCAGUCGUUCAUUGUGCAUGACAGCAACGGCCAAGACGCUCAGUUGCAAUCCACGACCAUACAGUCCACGGAACGAAAGCGCAAACGCUCUCCCGAGAUAGACACGUCGGACCGACCCGCGCACAAGCGGCAGCGACCGUCUCCAACAACGACAGAGGCACUGCACGAGGAAACGGCGAGCGAGAGCGGGGAUAGCAACAAUCCUAUCGACUACUGGCGGAAGCACCUACACUGGCCGCGGCAAUUCUUCGAGUCUGGCAGCAAAAUGAGUCACCUUCUUGCGAGGAAGAAGUCCACUUCGGCACUUCGCCGGAAGUCAUCGGCGUCGUCGAUCAACUCGAGCGAUACUACUCCCACGCAAUCCGACCAGAUACCGAGGGAAGCAAAAAGCAUGCCGUACAGGGACGCGAGAUACGAGACACUUCUCGAGGCAAAGAACAGUUUCCUGCGCAGGGAUGACGCCGGCGUGAAGAAAGAGGCGAAAAAGCUGUGUCGGGAUCUCCUCGAGACCGAACAGGCAGUACCCGAAGACACGCUAUUUAGCGAUGACAUUUUUGAGGAAACCUGCGAGAUGAUGCGGAAGAGAAACGAAGCUCGACUCGUCCGCGAUAUUACGUUGUUGAUUGUUCCUUCGGCGGAAAUACACAUGAUACGUCGUCCUCGACAUUCAAGAAUUCUGGUAGAAACUGUUAAUGAAGGCUGGAACAGCUCGAUCCCCGUUACAUCCCCACGCCCGCAACCGGACUACUCGGCUGGAUUCCGGCGCGAGGCCUUUACAGCGGACCAGCUAAAACUUCUCGGGCCCUUCGUCGGGACUCUAUGGGACGAAUCAUACUUCGCAGCGACAUGGUAUAUGUACUUCCCCUUUCUCACCUGCGAGGUCAAGUGCGGCGCGGCGGCGCUGGACAUCGCAGAUCGGCAGAAUGCGCAUAGUGCGACGCUCGCGGUGCGGGCCGUAGUAGAGCUAUUCCGGCUGGUAAAGCGCGAGCAGGAGAUCGACCGCGAGAUCCUGGCCUUUUCUGUGUCGCACGACCACAGGAUGGUCCGCAUCUAUGGGCACUAUCCUGUCCUCGACGGGAGGGACACGAAAUACUACCGCCAUUUGAUCCACACCUUUGACUUCACGGCUAUAGAUGGCAGGGAAAAGUGGACGACCUACAAGUUUACCAAGAACGUCUACGACAACUGGAUGCCCGACCACUUUAAGCGAAUCUGCUCCGCCAUCGACGAGAUCCCUCCCGACAUCAGCUUCGAUGUCUCGCAAGAGUCGGAACUACAGUUUUCACGGACGGGUCUCUCGCAAGACCUAGAGAGCCAACGUCCUUCACAGGUAGAGGGUUCGGCUUCGGUUGCUGGUGACGGUAGCGUGUCAAGCGUUGCAAAUGCUAACAACACAACUCCUAACACGUCUGUUUCCCAGAGUUUCAAGAAGCCAAGGAGGCUUUGA